CUGGCGCGUUUCACGCAAAUCAGCGGACAAGAUGUACCGCAGCUGAUACAGAUGAUCGGACCAGAGCCAAACAAAUUUCGCGGAACUUCCGAGAGAAUCGACAAGCUGAUCGAUCAAGUCAAUAAGAAGUUACGUUGAGUUUAUAUAUCUACGAUAGCGGCAAUGUCAGUGCCCAGGAAGGAUUCCAUUUCAACGGUAGAUGCCAGAAGGAAGAGAAAAAAGUGGAACAUCAGUGCAAACCCGAGAAAAUAUUUGUUGGUAUUACAAUGGCUACCAAAGUACAAUCAAUUUCAAGCCGUAUCCGACGUUAUAGCCGGUAUUACGAUAGGACUCACCAUGAUACCGCAGAGUAUCGCUUACGCUGCACUAGCUGGAUUAACUGCUCAGUACGGGCUUUAUUCAUCGUUUCUCGGUGGUUUCAUAUACCUUCUACUUGGGACCACCAAAGAAGUAUCAAUCGGUCCUACGUCUUUGAUGUCUCUCUUAACGAUGGAAUACACGCAUGACAUGCCGAUAGACUUUGUUAUACUCCUUACCUUCUUGGCCGGAUGCGUAGAGCUAACGAUGGGCUUGUUGAAUUUAGGUUUUUUAGUGGACUUCAUUUCCAUCCCCGUUACGUCGGCAUUCACUUCGGCAGCGGCAAUUAUUAUAAUCGUUGCCCAGAUUCAGGGUCUCUUAGGUCUGAGAUACAAAUCGUACAACAUAGUCGAUACCAUAAAUAAAACCUUUAAAAACAUAGAUAAGGUACAUUUGCCCGACGUAGCGCUCAGUUUUUCCUGCAUUGUUUUUCUUUUACUCUUCAGGAAAUUGCAAGAUUUUGGAAAGUCCAAGACUGGAAACAACGAGAUUACGAGGACGAAAAAGAUUUUGUGGUUUCUUUCUAUUGGUCGCAAUGCUCUUGUCGUCUUAAUAACGUCUAUUAUAUCAUUUAAUUUGACAUUGCAGGAAUCUUCUCCAUUUACUCUUUCAGGAAAAGUUAAACCUGGAUUACCCGCUGUGUCUAUACCGCCGUUUUCAUCGCAAAUCGGAAAUCGUACAUACACAUUUUUCGAUAUGUGCUCCCAUUAUGGAUCUGGCAUAUUUAUGAUACCAAUUAUCGCGGUCUUGACAAAUGUGGCGAUUGCAAAAGUGUUUGCAAGCGGUGGCUCGUUAAAUGCAAAGCAAGAAAUGUUAACGCUCGGCAUUUGCAAUAUACUUGGAAGUUUCUUCUCGUCGAUGCCAACUUGCGGAGCAUUGACAAGAAGCGCAGUAAGUGCUGCGAGCGGUAUACAGACGCCUAUGGCGGGUUUGUAUACAGGUAUAAGACCAUCGUAUUGUCUUUUCGAUAAUUACUUUUUCAACUUUUCACACGACAUAUUAUUUGAUCUCAUAAUUUUACUCUUUCUUUUAGGAAUCUUAACAUUGUUAGCUCUUAGCUUUCUAACGCCUUACUUUUACUACAUACCACGUGCGACACUCGCGGCAGUAUUAGUAAGCGCCGUUUUCUUUAUGGUCGAUUUACGAAUAUUCAAAGUGCUUUGGAAAGGAUCCAGGAAAGAUGCAAUAGCAGCUAUAGUGACGUUUAUAGUUUGUAUACUUUGUAACAUUGAAGUAGGACUUCUCCUUGGUGCAGCGCUUAAUAUAAUUUUUUUACUUCAUCCAUCGGCUAGACCAAAUCUGAGCACCAUUGAGUGCAAGACAGACUUGGGAAAUGAAUACCUGAUGCUUAAACCUGACACAGGAUUUUAUUAUCCUGCAGUAGAUUUUCUUUCUAACAAAUUAGAGACGAUAGCUACCAAGUAUGAGGAAAAAAAAAUGCCAUUGCUCGUAGACUGUGAGAGAUUUCAAGGUUUUGAUUAUACCGCUAUAAAGAGUAUGGAAAGAUUAUCGAAACAAUUAAAUAGUAAAACGCAAAGAUUAUGGCUAUUAAAUGUUAAGCCAGAAGUUAUAGAAACUAUUUCAAUAUUAGCAGAUAAGAAGUAUUUUCUUUUUAUCAAUGACCAUGAUAAAAUUAAGUCCUUUGUAGAUGAAAUAAAAAAGAAUAGUGAUGAAGAAAAUCUUGUGAACGAGGAGAACGGAUUAAUGAAGAAUGCUGAAAAGGAACAUUUAGAAAUGGAAGUCUAUGAAGAAUCUAAUGGAAUAUUUAAAAAGAGAAAUGAUGAUAUUAAAGAAUCUGACAAAAUGUCAUUGCAUCGAUCAAACGCUUGAUAGGGAUAACUGUAGCAACGGUAUUGUGUACAAUUGAAUUAUCAUAAUCAAUAAAUAAAUUAUUGAUCGAUUAUACACGAGAUCAUAGGAUAUGGUUAUAUCUGGACAAGAGAUGUUUACAUAAAUUAAUCAAUGGUACCAAACUUCCAUUGGGUGAUACUUAUAUUAAUCAAUUCAAUAUAAAAGUUAUUGUAAUUUAUCGAUGGGAAAGAUGGUCACGACGAUAUUAGAAAAAAAAGGAGGAAGAAAAAGAAGGCUAAAGGUGUAUAAAGAACACGGAGUAUACAGAAACGAGAAAUAGUGUAGUAUUAAGUUUUUGGAAGAUUAAAUGUGCCCAUUAAAUAAUCGUUGGUUUAUUAAACAAAAAAAGAAUACAUAUAUAUAUAUAUAUAUAUAUAUAUAUAUAUAUAGAGAGAGAGAGAGAGAGAGAGAGAGAGAAAUUGAACGUGUUUUUAUUUUCCCAAUAUGUAACAACAUGUCACUUUUCUACUAUUCCUGUUUUUCUUUUGAAUUUGAAGAUUGCCUUUUCCUUCGUAUUAUAGAUGGCGCGCCAUGCGCUACAGAUUUUAAGCACAUUAUGCGUUCCUAACCACAAUUCUUCUAAAAAGACCCAUUAAAGAUAGUUGACAUGUUAAUGUAAUAAUGAAAAUGUAUUAAUGAUGACCGGACAUAUCGAGUCAGAAAAAAAGCGUUUGCUAUCAUUAAAAAGAAAAAAGGAAGCGUUUAAAGUUAAAGAACAGCUUAUUCAUGACGCAUUAAAAAAUUUGG